ACAGAUUUGAAAAACUGUGAAUCCGUCCUUGAAGUCCAAUUUCACGCUGGGAACUCAUGUCCCAUGCAUAUUCAGUUUAAUCUGUUUCCCUCCACCUGUCGGUCAUGCAGCCUUUGCAUUAGUUUCGGAGCAGCUUCAGAGCGCUCAUUGGUUCAGGAGGAGGUGGCCAGACAGAGCAGUAUCGGUUUCACACCCUCCUCAUUCCCCUGCUGUUUCUCCUCCUUCACAAUAAUCAAUUGUUCCUCUGCCAAAAAGAUGAUAUGCCAUGUGGGUGAAACUGCACAGAGCGAUGACUUUUAAGCAACGAGUUCCUUUCACAGUUUGAAGAGGAAAGAUGAGUUUUUCAGCUGCGGACAGAUUUAAUCUUGUACAAUAGACGAUCUUCGGCGGCGCUGGAGUCUACAGGUGCACGCCGGAAGUGACGUCGGCCGCUCGCUCACAAGACUCACUGGAUUGGACAGUAAAUAGACGGACCGAGAGAGAGCAGACUGACAUCUCCGAGGCACUCAACGGCGCUAAACGCUGAAAAGCAAGACCAUAAACUGAAUCUGAGCCCACCGCGCACUCAGCACACCUCUGAGAUGCUCAGAAACCACCUGACAGGUGCUGCGGGAGUCAGAGGAAUGUCUGUCAUUCUCCAGCCUCUCUCCCUGCUUUUUGUGAUGUUUUUCUCCGUCCUGACCAUCAGUUCAGCCUUUCUCCCCGGGGUUUUUUUUUCACAUCUCUGGCUCGGAGCGGAGAGAGGACCAUGAAUCUGAGCUCUGUCUGCUGUAAUUUUCAACAUUCAGACAAACCAGUGCGUUAGGACGCCCCCCACUCAUCAUCACUCGGCAGCCCAUGCACAUGCAUGACACCAUGGGUAGCUCCCCCGAGGUGCUCUCAUGGACUUCCUGCCCCAGUCUGUUGGUGGGCAAGCUGAAGGAGGAGCUCAAACUUACCGUGGUUGGGGACGCCAUGAAGAAAUCAAACACGCCCAACUCCCAACCCCAGCCUCCUCAGGCCCCUCCCUCUAAUUUACCCCCUCAGAUUAUCACAGACCUGGCCCCGCCAACACACCUGCCCGUUCCCCUGCAGACGCUGCAGACGCCUGGCCAGGAUGAGGACUCAGUGCUGGGGGGUUUAAGUCCCCCAAACACAGCCUUGAGCGUGGACUCGACGCGAAGCGAGGGUGGGCAUUUUGACAACAGUGUGCUCCAGCUGCAGGAGCAGGACCAUGAGGAAGCCGGGUCGCCGGCGUCCUGCGAGCACGGCGGUUGUGGCAGUGGAAUGGAAGAGCAGAUGGGAGAAGGGGACUGUCCUAUGGACCACAAUGGAGAGGGGAGACAAAGCCACCCACAUCACCCUGAUGACAUCAAGCUGCACUUCCACAGAGCGGGGCCUGGGUCCGGUGGCUUCCUGGAGGGGCUGUUUGGCUGUCUUCGUCCAGUCUGGAACAUCAUAGGAAAGACCUACUCGACAGAAUACAAGCUACAACAGCAAGACAUGUGGGAGGUUCCGUUUGAGGAAAUUUCUGAGCUGCAGUGGCUGGGUAGUGGUGCACAAGGAGCCGUUUUCUUGGGCAAAUUUCGCUCCGAGGAGGUGGCCAUCAAGAAAGUGCGCGAGCAGAAGGAGACAGACAUUAAACACCUGCGAAAGCUCAAGCAUCCCAAUAUCAUCAGCUUCAAGGGCGUGUGCACCCAGGCACCUUGUUACUGCAUCAUCAUGGAGUACUGCGCCCAGGGCCAGCUCUAUGAGGUGCUGAGGGCAGGUCGGAAAGUGACCCCCAGGCUGCUGGUGGACUGGGCCUCAGGCAUCGCCAGUGGCAUGAACUACCUACACCUCCACAAGAUCAUUCACAGAGAUCUCAAAUCUCCCAAUGUUUUGGUCACCCACAACGACUCUGUGAAAAUCUCUGACUUUGGAACGUCCAAAGAGCUCAGUGACAAAAGUACAAAGAUGUCAUUCGCUGGUACGGUGGCCUGGAUGGCGCCAGAGGUGAUAAGAAAUGAACCUGUGUCUGAAAAAGUAGACAUCUGGUCAUUUGGAGUUGUGUUAUGGGAGCUGCUGACUGGAGAGAUUCCCUACAAAGACGUGGACUCCUCUGCCAUCAUUUGGGGUGUUGGCAGCAACAGUCUUCACCUUCCUGUUCCCUCAACCUGCCCGGACGGUUUCAAAAUCCUCAUGAAACAAACAUGGCAAGGCAAGCCCAGGAAUAGACCAUCUUUUCGUCAGAUCCUCCUACACCUCGACAUCGCCUCCGCUGAUGUUCUAGGAGCUCCUCAGGAGACGUACUUCAAGUCUCAGGCUGAAUGGAGGGAGGAAGUGAAGAAACAUUUUGAGAAGAUCAAAAGCGAAGGCACCUGUAUCCACAGGCUUGAUGAAGAGCUGAUCAGACGCAGGCGGGAUGAACUCAGGCACGCACUGGACAUCCGGGAGCACUAUGAGAGGAAACUAGAGAGAGCCAACAACCUCUACAUGGAGCUGAGUGCCAUCAUGCUGCAGCUGGAGGUCCGAGAGAAGGAACUAAUGAAGAGAGAGCAGGCAGUGGAGAAGAAAUAUCCUGGGACCUACAAACGCCACCUGGUCAGACCCAUCGUCAGGUCCAACGCUGUAGAGAAGCUCAUCAAGAAGAAAGGAAGCAUUUCCCACAAAGCUGGGUUACCUCCCGCCAAAAGGCCAGACUUGCUUCGUUCUGAUGGCAUCCCCAGUGUUGACCCUCUCCCCUCCCCCUCGCCACUAUCUGCCAGUCCAAAGGUGUCCACGCCACCUGGCAAAGCCCGCUACCGAAGCAAGCCCCGUCACCGCCGCGCCAAUAGUAAAGGGAGCCACAGCGAGUUCCCCGGGGUGCUGAAACCUGCUGCAGGGGCACUAGAAGACACCCAGUCGCUCCAGGAGCAGCCCUACCACCAUCAUCACCACCACCACCAUCACCACCACCCACCAACCGAGGGCCCCUUCCUCCCCUUGAAGGGCCGUGAGGAGGCCGUUGUCAACUGUGCCAACAACCUGCGCUACUUUGGCCCCGCUGCUGCCCUCCGUAGCCCUCAGACUGACCACCUGCAGCGCCGUGUUUCAGGCUCCAGCCCUGAUCUCAUUUCCACCACAGUGGAUGCAGACACACGUCAACGGACUUCAUCCACCAGCUCCAAUCCCAUCCCAGGUGCAGGCGCUGGUUCUUUGUGUCCCUGCUGCCAGGCUCACCCUUUCCCUGGAUGCCUACACUGUCAGGAGACCCCUCCUGCAUCCAGCCACCCAGAGUUGCCCCACUACUCACUGCUUAGCACCCAAGAAGGCACCCAUUCUUCUUUAGGGGCUCCCAGCAAAGAUCCUGCUUCAGACGGCGAGGCCACAAACAAGGCCGAGUCUCAGGAGCAGGAGGCGUCCCAACACACACACACCCUGCCCACUGCACUGCCUCGCACUCUCAGACCUCUCAGGAAGGGUGGAGAUGAGUCAUCUGAAGAGGAAGAGGGGGAGGUGGACAGUGAAGUGGAGUUUCCAAGGAGACAAAGACCUCAUCGCUGUAUGAGCAGCUUCCAGUCUUACUCCACUUUCAGCUCAGAGAACCUGUCUGUGUCUGACGGAGAAGAGGGAAACACCAGCGACCACUCCCACAGCGGGCCUCUGGAGAGGAUGAGCGCCAGUCAGGAGGAGCACCUGGAUGAGCUGCUGUCACACACACCAGACAUCCCCAUCGACAUCUCCACCCAGUCAGAUGGCCUGUCUGACAAAGAGUGCGCUGUCCGUAGGGUCAAAACCCAGAUCUCCCUGGGCAAACUGUGCUCCGAUGAACACAGCUAUGAGAAUCCGCUACAGUUUGGGGACUCAGACUGCGAUUCAUCAGAAGCAGAGUGCUCUGAUGCCACCAUUAGAAACAAAAAAGUCGGGGCUCCUUCUUCGUGGUGAAUCCACCCGCAGGACUCUGUUCCGUUUUUGCCUGGAGGCCAUCGUGUCCCACUCUGCCCUGCAGAAAAUACAGCAAUAAAGAGGACAACAAAGCCCCCUUAUAGCAAAGCCCCCUGCAAUCUCUCCCAGAAACUCCCCCUUGCCCUUCCCCUCCUAAAACCUCCCCUCAUCUCUAGCACAGCAUCCAGGCAACCCAUGGCAGGGAUUCCCUUUUGAAUGAUAAUGUACAGUAGAUAGUGUAACAUUCAUAAUUUAUUUUUGUCUGAGUUUUGAAGGAAAAUUCAGGACAUCUGUAAAUUCUCUGAUCCAAACAGAACAGAGAGAAAGAAAAAAAAAGACUAAUAAAAGACACAUUUUGAAACUGAGCAUGGGCUAACUGUGUGUUAGAGAGAGACUGGGACUGGAUGAAGAUGCAGUUGAUGAUGAUGAGAAGUGUGAGGCUGACAGCUAGCAGUGAGGAGUCACAUCACUGUAGUUUUUGGCCUCUCAGGUGACUGACCCAGACUUUGAGCAUCACUACAAGCCUUUAUCUGGCUGCAGUCACUCUCUGCAUCUUAUUGAUUUAGACCGAAAACCCCAACCAACAAACACUCUCUCUUACUACAGUACGACCAACCUGCUUUAUCAUGAGUGCAGAGCCCUGUUACCCUGCCUCCCCCACCCACCUCCAUCCCGUCCCCACCAUGGCGGGUGGGGAACUGGGAGCUCAUGAAAACAGUGUGAACACCAGCAUGAACAACCUGCCUCGCAACCGGACUUCCUCCCCAACACCACCACACGUUUCUAGUCAUCAGGACCCUCACUGAACUGUCCUCGCAUGCCUGUGCAGCCUGCAAAAUGCAAAAGCUGCCAGAAGACUGCAUGAAGUGGACAAGCAAGCAGAGUGAACAGAGAUGAAGACUCAACUGACAGCUAAGGAAAAAAAUAAAUUAAGAAAAAAAAGAGACUCUUUCUCUGUGAUCCAGCUCGUCCUUUUCCUCAAGACGUCAUUGUCAUCAUCAAUCAGAUGUCAUGACCAGAGGUGUUGAGGGAGUUAUCAGUGUGUGUGUGUGUGUGUGUGUACACAAAGCCCCUUCCUCUCCAUUAGACAUUACAGUUUCAAGUCUCAUCUCAGGAUUGUUUGCGGACUGUUAGAAACAGGACUGGACCAAUUAUUGUAUGUUGGAAUGUUCUUUGAGUGGCACAUAUUAUGGACCGUGCAGGAAUAUUUAAAGGUCUUAUGGAUAGCCUUGAUGUUCAACCCUUUAUUGCUGUAACGAACAUUAAUGUUACGUAGAGAUGUAGACCCUUUUAGUUGCGCUCCAGGUGCAGUAUCCCAUUUCUUAAAGUCCCUCAGUGAAGCAUCUCAUGUACCAUUUUCUAGCAGGGUAAUUCAUACUAUCCAUGUGUGGCAUGGAACUGUGUAGGUGUCCAAAAAAUGCUAAGUGUGUCCUGUGCAAAACAGCAAUAACAUAGGUUGGGUGAGAAGAGGUUGCUCGCUCAGGAUCCGGAGCGUCUAGCUGGCUAGACACAACAUAGUGACUGCUGGCUAGUGGAGAGCAACAAGUCAAACAGCUUAUAGAUCCUAUAUUCUUAAAUUGUCCCAUUUUUGUGAACUCACCUUUCCAGAGUUUGAUGCUCAGGUUUUGUGUUGCUGAUUGAGAACGGGAGCAAUAUAUCAACAGCCACUUGAUGGCGACAGUUACAAUGACUUACAUUACCUUGUGUUAUGUAAAUGUCCUGGCUCCACUCCUUUUUUUCUACCCAACGCAGACCAUCCAAAUCCUAGAAGCCCAGCAAUAUUACUUUUUUUUUUUAGGUCUCGUUGUCUUUGAAAAGGGGAUACUGCAUCUGUGAGAGCUUUCUUAUUAUCCCUGUCUGAGUGUUUGUCAUUCACCUUAAUGAUUUUGCGGUUGAAAAAUAGCGAGCCAGGGUUGAAUUUAACGAUAAUGAUGUCAAGAUGUCAGCUCAAGUGUAUGCAGACGGCUGAGAUUCUUAAAUACGGAAUAUAAGCCAGAGACAAGGCCACAGAGCAUUAAGCUGCUCUUGGUUUUCAACAACCUCAUCUCAGUGUUAGUUACUCCUGUAUAUAAACAUCUGUAAAUGUAAUGUGACCUGUUUUUUUGUCCUCUCUCAUUAACGUAUCGCACAGCUCUGACAGAGCUUCGGGCUUCUGUCACCAACAACCAGCCGACUGGUUAAAAAUGAGCAGGAAAUUCUUUAAAGUGUAUUACAUCAGUAUUGAACACUGCAGGAGGUUGUGAGUCAUAUAAACCCAGUAUCACAAGGUGAAUCUAAAACUGUACUGAUGGAUAAUUACCUUUUGCUUGAAAGCUUUGGAAAGGCUUGGUACUGAAAAACAGCUGCUGCCUUUCCUUGAGCCUCCUUCAACCUUCUUCAUUCUGUUUACGUUUGUGUGAAAUAACCUAUAGUGUAUUGUAAUGACUGGGUAAUCCGAUCAAGCUGUUAACAUUGUCUUUCUGGCAUAUAUGCUGUGAAGUAUGAUUGUUGUAAAGUUUUUAAUUUAAUUUUGAUUCUUUUUGUUUUUUCUUUGUAGCUGGCCUACAUGAUUAUUGAAUUAAUUUAUUAUGAAUGACUGGUAAGGUGUAGUGUUCUUUUUAAUUUCAGGCAGCUUUAGAAACGUCAUGAUCUAUGAUUUCUCCUGAAAAGUAUUAUUUAAAGGAAGCACAAUGAAUUGGUAUGGGAAGAGGACAGUAUUUGUGUGGUAGAACGAAAGCAUCGUCAUAUCUUUGACCCUGCAGGGGACCGUUGAUCAAUUAGAUCGCCAUUGUAGAUGAUGUAUGGAUUUAGCAGACUUCACAUCAGUACACUGCAACAUCUGGUGUUACAAUAUUUUUCUUAUCAUAAUCACUUUUGUUUCAAACAUAAGCCAGUCAGAGGACUUUAACCGCAGGGUUAAUGAGACUGUAAGCCUGAAGGCAUGUGUGAUGCAGAUUUCUAUACUUCUGCAAUGACCCCUUCCUCUCAUUUUUAAUCAAAAAAACCCCCACUUACUUACAUUUGAAUUUCUGUGAAAUUGUCUCUAACUGUGGACAUCAUGUUGCCUCAUCCCAUGUAUCGAACAUCUGUUUCUUUGUUACUCUCAUUUCCAACCCCCCCUUCCUGUUGAAUGGCAUUACGAUCAACCAAUCCUGUCAGUUCCCUGUAUUAUCCAGUGUACAGUACAGUGGGUAUCUGGGAGAAUAAAAUCCGAGCAAGCAAGUGCAUGGAAUAAAUGCUGAUGUACUGUACCCAA